GCUUCUCAGUCUUGCCGCAGCGGUUGCGGGAGUCGGUUGCUGCAUUUCGUGGCGCUAAUUCGAUUUGAACGCGUCGUUCGCGAGCGCGCGAGUUCGUGGAGGCGGUGUCGUGUCGCGUCGAGCCUCUCCGAGAACUUCAACCCCGACAGUAUCCUUGAUCGACGCGAAAACAAGAGCACCCGGAGUCGCUUCCCGGAAAACGCCCGACAGCUUUUCUGACCUCUGGCUGUUUACCUCGUCUGUCACUCGUCUGUCGUGCGCAAUCGCGCCGUGUCGUUUCGCCGCGUGACACCCGAGGGAGGUAUAUGGAAGGACCAAAUUCGUCGAAGGUGACACACUCGGCGACCUAACCUAACCGUGUGGACGCGUCUUCGUCGUUCGGUCUCCUCCUCCCUCGUGCGACGCGCGAGUUCCGCGCUUCACGGGAGAUAUGUCGAGAUUGUCGGGACUUACUCACGUAGACUCCGUGUGCGCGACGAUCCUCGUGACACCGCAAGUACCACCGGCAUUCCGCGGGGACGUACACGCUAUCGAUGAGCUGCUCGCGUCCAUGGCGACAAUCAAGCACGGCGACUAACGGACGCCCUCCACGUGACACACACACACACACACACUGCAACGCCAGGCGCUUUGAAUCCGAUUGCCGCGGCUAACUCGUGCGAGUCCCGUGUCGCACGUUCAAGGUGAACGAAGGAGCGCCGAAUUCGCGGAGAGUCACACGGCACGCACCAUGCACGACGGUUAGAAACUCAAUCUCGACUGAAUCGGCGCCUGUCGCGAGCAACUUCAGUCCGUUCGCGCGAGUGGUGACGGUGACUCGUCUCGUCGCGCCAACCGCCUGACGUUGCAUCGGUCGAAUCGCGAGCGGCAGUUCCUUCGAUUCUCGCAACGACCGCGAGAGGCAUAUCGCGUACUCUCGUGUUGUGUGUCGAACGGCCGGAGGAGGACAUUGUCGUCCGAAAUUCAGGAAAGUGAGUCUACGAGGGGGGUUGAGAGGUCCUCCGCGCCCCCGGCAGUGAAGCUCCGGAAACGUGAUCCGUCUCGGAAGAAAGGCGCCGGCAACCUCGGUGAUACAAUCGUGUGCGCGAGCUCUCGCGUCGCGAGGACGCCGCGGUGGCUGGUGAUUUUCUUGUUGGUGUUGGCCGUGUCGCGCGACGUUUGUACAAGUGAAUUCCAGCUCGCCGCCUCGAACACGUGGAUGCAUGCCGCCGUUCCGUCGCCGUCGCCGGCGUGCUCUUGAGCGUCCACGAGGAAUCCUCAGGUGCAUGUGAAAAUGCGCGCGAGAUCGUCGAGGUGACCGCGUGAGCAUGGAGACCGUGCAGGAAGGCGGCGGUCGUCUGCAAAACGGCUCGGCCGUCAUGAAGACGCCGAAUCGUCUGAAGAUCGUGGAGAGCGAUGAGGACGACAAGGUGACGAGCGAGAGGCCAACGCAGAUGGAUCCGUACAGGGAACUGGAGCUUUACCUCGCCAAAGUGAACGAGGAAAUCGGCGAGAUCAUCGAGUCAGCCCCGACGACUCCGCUGCGCGUCGCCGCGGAGGAGCCCAAGUUCCCGAGCCAGGCCGAGAGAUCGUCGAGCCGCGCGAUCGAGUCGAUCGCCAGGUCGAAGCCGUCGGCCGCAAAGUCGCAACACUUGGCGAGGCGGGAGAAGCCCGCGCCGCGAGGCGGCGAGGACACCGGCGACUGGCCGAACAACGUCCUCGCGGAGUUCAACAGCCUAAUCGCCCACGAGAUCAGAGAGCUGACCAAAGAGAAGACGAGGACGACGGCAGCGGCGCGGGCCGGCCGCAACGACGACAAGGUGGUGCAGUACAAAGAGCUGCUGAACGAAUUCGGCUUAUCCGACAGUUCCGAGAGCUCCGAUCGGCCGGCCAACGGCGAUCAGUAUGCCCUCUUCGCCGUGGGCGCGCGGGAGACCUCUCGGGACCGCAGGGACGAGAAGCCGGCGGUCGUCGACGACGACGACGGCGACGACGACGACGAUGACGACGAGGACGAGGAUCGUCGCUGCCUGCUGCUGAACUCCGACUACGACGAGCCGCAGGACCGAGUGAUCCCCGACGGGAGGAAGAGCGGCAGCCUGCCGGAGAACCUGCAGGACAUCAUCGUCGGCAAACGCGGCCGGUUCCACGCCGCGGACGUCUUGAGCUCGGACUACGACGAGCCCAACGGCUGCUUGCCGAUGAAUCCCAUCAGGAACCAGAUCGAUCGGAUCACCUCUAGUCUACCGUCCAAGCUAGAGCGCGAGUGCGCUCCGGGGGACGCGCGAGUGAAGCCUUGCCGAGCACCAAAGACACCCGUAGGAUUAAGUUCGAGGAUCAAUGAGGACAAGGUCGACGCGCUGCUGCGAGUCGAAUCAUCCGUCGCCGCCGCCGCCGCGGGAGAACCCGAGGAGGUGAACGCGAGGUUGCCGCCGCGGCAGCGAUCCGACAGGAAGAUCAACCUGCCGAGCAGCCUGACGAACCAAAAGCGCCGGAAAGUAGCGCGGCUGCAGAGGACUCGCCGUGGCCCGGACGACCAGGAGACCAUGGAGCCCGAUUACGACGAUGUGUUUCCGAGCGAGGAGACCGACAGAUCCAGGUCCUUGGAGCAGCACGCGCCCAAGUCUGCGCCUGUCACGCCUACCGACGAGAAGAAGCCGCCCUUCUCGAAGUUGCUGAGGAAACGGCACACCCCGCUGUUCCAUGAGAGCUCCGACGACGUUGUCCUGGUGAGUAUGUCCUCGCUGCCGGACCAGGACCUGCUGCGGCUGAGGAACGACAGGCCCAGCGAGACGAAGAACGACAGGACUGCUGCGAGGGAAGCGUCCGCGACGAAGAAGAGGGCGAUCUCGCCGCUGACCCUGCGCUCCGACAUCACCGCCAAGAGACUGUCGGAAUCGGACAAGGAUGUGCGACAGGUCAGCCCGGUGGACCUGAAGAAGUUCUCGCUGCUGCGGCCAUGGGGCAACGACGUCGCCGUGGGCUGCGACUUGCCCGAGAGCAACGACCUCGACGGGAACUACGGCCUCCCAAACGACACCUUUGGCAAGCUGGAGCACGCCGAGGUGAAGAGGAUCAUCGACGAGCAGAACGCGAGAGCUGGCUCCUUGCCUAUUUCCCUGCAGUCCCUAUUGUCGAGAAUACGAAACGGCUCGGGCUCCUGCUGCCCGAAUAGCCCGCCCAUGGACACUCUCGCCUGCUCCGACGUGGCGACCCAAACCUCGCCGGCGAUUUCGAGGAGCUCCAGCUUCACCUGGGUCAGCGAUUGCGACUCUCCCCAAGCCGAGUCACAAUUAGAUUCGCAGUCGUUGCAAGACGAAAGCACGUUAGACCCAGUUUCUCCGCAAGACACCGUGGACGACGACAACAGAUCCUCGUCGUCGUCGCAGGAGCUCUUACAGAGCAUGGACGAGAUUUCCUCCGGAAGUCUGUCGCCGGACACCACUGACAGAGCAUCUCCGCUCGAGAGCGGCAUCGGCACUGCGAGUCCUCCCAGAAGCACCGACCGGCGGCUGACCAAACCGUCAACGCCGAACAAAUGCCACCGUAAGGAGACGUGGGAGCGGAUCCGGCGACGACCGUCGAAACUGAACUCGCGAAGCGACAAGAACUCGCAGGACGUGUGGGUGAAACGCGAAAGCGUGCACACGCAAACGAAGAAGAACGACGACCAGUACUCGCAGGAGGCGAUAGACAGCAGUAGCGGCCUGGAUGACUCCUUGCCGAGGAUCAAGGCGCCCCGGCCUACGAAUUUACCGCUAUCCUGUCUUUCUGCGACAGGCUUGUCCACAGCGAGCAGUUCAUUGAGUUCGGGCGAGCUGCUCGAGACGCCGCCUCGAGCGCCGUCGUCACCAUCCGCGGCGAGUCUCCAGCUGAAGCCGGAACCCCUGGCCGUGGAAAUGGGCGGAAAGAGCAGCAGUGCGCCGUUACUGGAGAACAACGACGCCGAGGACGCCGAGAGAAAGGUGCCGAGCUUGCAGCAGCAGCCGCGCUCGCAGUCGGAACGGCAGCUAUCAGAAAUCGAGGCGCAGGAGGCUUGCAAAUGGCUGAGAGCCGCCGGAUUCCCGCAGUACGCGCAGAUGUACGAAGACUAUCAGUUUCCGAUUGACGUUUCCGGCGUGGCCAAGGACCACCCUUUCCUCGAGGCUGACUCGCUGCAGAGCCUUUUCCGGCGACUGCACGCCCUUAACCGCUGCGCCAAUAUGAAACUCGACACGCAUCACGCGCAUCAUCACAGCACGAGCCACAGCAAAAGCAGCGGCGGCGGCGGUGGCGGCGGGGGCGACGAGUCCGACGAGGACACGCAGUGCGCGCUGAGCGAGAACUGGACCUUCGAGAAGAAGACGAGGCGUUGGUCGCGCAUAGUCGACGUGACGCAGGCGAACGUCGAGAGGCUGCAGGCGAUCGCCGGACAGAACGCCGCGUCCGAGGAGGACUCGCUGGAGGACCGUCUGGAGGCCGAGGAGGCGGAGGACACGAUGCUGGAGAACCUGCGGUACGGCAGCCUGCCACCGGGCACCCUCCCCGACGAGAUCGGCCCGCGCUUCCGCAGGACCGGCUCGGAGAGGCUGCGGGACGGCGCGAAGGCGUUCCUCAGGCGCGUCGAGUCUCUCAAGUCGCGGCGACGGAAGCGCCAGAAUCGCGACGGAGUCGUGAUCAGCGGGCCGCAGGUGCUCGACGUGAUGUCCAUGCAGCAGAAGAUGAAGGAGCUCAACUGCGUGGACGUGUCACCCACGGGCCCGGCGCCGGUGUCGUUCGCUGACCUCCUGUCGGGCUCUCCUCUCCCGGUGCCCGGCUCGCCGGUCACCUUGCCGGCUUCACCUUACCACUUACCGCCGUCGCCGUUGACGAACGCGCCUAGCCCCUUCGGCGACGACUCCUCCAGCUACUGCUCGGACGGCUCACAGGGUGGCGGGCCGACACCCACGCCGACUCGCACGAAGCUGAACCGCGCGCGUAGGUUCCUCCACCGCGGCCGCGAGGAUCAGGGCGCGCUCAGCGAUUCCGAGUGCCAGCCGACCAACUGGCGGCAUCGGUAUUUCCGCGACGCCAACAGCAACCACGCCAAGGUGCUGGAGUACGUGAACGCGCAUCCGCAGAGUCCUAAAGAGUCGCCGGGGAAGAACCCGCCGAUCAACACCCGCGGCGGCAGCCUGAACCUCGGCAAAGAGUCGCAGAGGUACCGCGACAAGCUCGCCCAAGGCCAAGAGCGGAGCUACAAGGACGACAAGGUGGCGUCGUUGAAGCGGGAGGACAAGAUGCACAAGAGCUUCCGACACCGCGACGACUCCUACAGGGACGGCAAGUCCGGCUCGAGGGAGGUGACGGUGUAUCGAGAGAAGUCCCGGUCCAGGAGCUCGGAACUGGCAGGUAGCCAAGAAAGUGGCUCCACCGUGGCCAGCAGGGACUCUGAUCAGGAGGAAGAGUCGCCCAGACACAAGGGCACCGUGGUCAGGUGGCACAGCUUCCAGAGAGGAUCGCUCUACCCCGAGCCGUUGGAUCCUCUGUGCCCUAGAGCGAUGGCCUCCAUGUCUUGCGGGCAACUGCUCGUCCUGAGGAAAUUGGCGCUGCUGAAGCUCACGGCUUGCAUGGAACGGUACUGUCCGACUCAUCGCACCGGCUGGAACUGGGAGCUGCCAAAGUUCAUCAGGAAGAUCAAGACGCCGGACUACAAGGACAAGACUGUGUUUGGAGUGCCGCUGUUGCUGUCGCUGCAGCGAACCGGCCAAGCUCUGCCCAAGUGCAUUCAGAUCGCUCUGAGGUGGCUGAGAGCGAACGCUCUGGACCAGGUGGGUAUCUUCCGGAAGAGCGGCGUCAAGUCGAGGAUACAGAAGCUCAAGGUCAUGACGGAGACUCAAGGCGACAACAUCAACUUCGACGGCCAACAGGCGUUCGACGUCGCCGACCUCGUGAAGCAGUACUUCAGGGAGCUGCCGGAGGCCCUCCUGACGAACAAGCUCUCGGAGACGUUCAUCGCCAUCUUCCAACAUGUGCCGGUGGACCUGCGGCCCGACGCCGUGCAGUGCGUGCUGCUGCUGCUGCCGGACGAGCACCGCGAGGCGCUCGAGACGUUGCUCGACUUCCUCAACCACGUCGCCAACAACUCGCCCUACAACCAAAUGACAGCCUCGAAUCUGGCCGUGUGCCUGGCGCCGAGCCUGUUCCACUUCAACCACAGCAAUACGAGCGUGACCAACAGGUCGAGCAGCGUGUCGCCACGUAGGCGAAAGACCGUGGGCAUUCCCGAUCAGCGGGAACUGUCUGAAAACAAAGCCGCUCACGACUGUCUUCUGUAUCUGGUCAAGAUGCAUCGUGAAUUAUUCAUGGUCUCGUCGGACAUGUUGACGCAGUGUCACUUCAACUACAUGGAGGAGAGCAUUCCGGUCGCGCUCGAGGAACUCGGCUCGGAACUCAAGCAGGACUGGAGAGGUUACCUGUACGCUUGCACCACGGCGUUGCUGAAGGAAGCGCGAGAAAACAGAAGUCGCGGUUGGAUGACUGUGAACAAUCCGGCCGAUAGCACCGUAGAAAUGGCGUACAAGAAGGUGGGCGACGGACAUCCGCUCCGUCUCUGGCGAGUGUCGACGGAGGUCGAGGCUCCGCCGAACGAACUGCUGCAUCGUGUGUUGAGGGAGAGACACAUCUGGGACCCGCAGCUUUUGAAGUACAGGCUGGUGAACAAGCUGGACACCAACGUGGAGGUCUUCCAAUAUGCCACCGGGAACAUGAGCCCGCUGCCCGCCAGAGAUUAUUGCGUAUUAAGAUCCUGGCGGAACGACCUUCCCAAAGGUGCUUGCGUCAUCGUCGAAACAUCCGUGGAGCACCCAGACGCUCCGGUUAUGCUCGGCGGGACCCGCGGCAUCGUUUUGGCUUCUCGUUAUCUUAUCGAGCCGUGCGGCAGCGGCAAGUCCCGCAUUAUGCAUUUAUCCAGAGUCGACACGAAAGGUCGCACACCUGAGUGGUACAACAAGAGCUACGGGCACAUCGCCGCUCUUCAUCUAAGCAAAAUCCGCAACUCCUUCAAGCACACUACCGAUGGGCCUGAGAGCAAAGUUUGAGAGGAGGCUACCGUGCAACGCGACUCGUUGCACGGUUCUUCAUCAUCCUCCUCCUCCUCCUCCUCCUCCUCCUCCGCUCAGGAUUCCGACGGGCAAGAGCAGCAGCAGCAGCACGAGCGCAGGAUCCUAAAGGACACGCUACAGGUCCAGCCUACCAUCGACGAGGAAUAAUCUCGAUCGGUUGUGCGAUCAGUACCAAAACCUAUCGAUGUCGUAGUUAGCUUGGUUCAGCGACCGGUUCUGAACUCUCGAGAUAAGCACCUCCGGUUUUAUCGUAGCGGUAGAAGAAUCCCCCGUGUGACGUUUACUGUCCAAAGAUCUUGCCGUCCGUUUGUCAUGAAAGUCGCGAGGCAGGAUGCCGCGCGCGCGCGCGCGAGAGAGAGAGAGGGGGAGAAAAAGAAUGGGACGAUCUCUCGGCAAAUUCGACGCGAAUAACGAAGGUGGCUCGCGCACGCGCAUCUCGAUAAAUCGGCCCUAUUCAGGAUUCAAAGGACGACCCGUUAUUUUUGCAGUCCGUGUUCCGAUGUCGUUGUUGUUGUUGUUGUUCGAGAGUUUAUGAAAUUUUAUCGACUCAGCCCCCGUGCCCCCCAACCCAGAUCGCGUGAUCUGUGAGACCGCAUCUUAGCUGCGGUUCCGUCGAUCUCUUUCGCGAAAUCGAACCUUCGGAGGAUCGACGGGCAGCCGAGGAGCGCCCGUCCCCGCUUGCGAUCCUAAACGAUAGACGUCAUUCGGUAUUUUCGACGGCUAUGCGUGUGUGUUUCCCGCGAAGAUGCGGCUUCGUGGGUUUUACUCUGUAACAUAGCGAACUCGUAUCUAUAUUGAAGAAGAAAAAGAAAUAAGACAGAGCAACACGUGAGAGCACGACCAAGGUAAAGGACGACGAUGACGAUAUGACGAUGAUGAUAUGACAAAUUAUUUCCGCGACGUUCACGCGUGUCGACAGUUCCUCAUGAACGCACGAUGAGUUAUCGUUUCGAGCUUUUCGUUAGAAUUAGGUAGGUCGCGUCAGCUCGACAGCCAAGAGUAUUUCUCUUUUUUUAUUUGCAUUUUUACAUUUUAUGUACAUAUCUCUGAUAUGUCUCGUAUCAGAGAUAUGUAAAUAUCUCUGAUAUAUCUCGCGAUAUAUCGGAUUUUUUAUCCAAACCCAAUGCGAUUUCCUCGCUCGAUUGAACGUCAGAUAUUUUUUAUAUCGCACACACAUCGCCGGAGGUAUUUUAAAAUUAAAAAAAACAAAAUGGGAAAAACGGCGAAUUCGAGGCUCGGAGUUUCAUCGUUUCAUGAAACCUCGUUGUGUAGAUUGUGCGGAUUCGAAUUACAGAGUGCCACUCGCUGGCGGAUCUUGCGGCGAGAGCCGUUUUUAGCCGCGCACAGCGAAGCCGCGCGUGUCCGAGCUGGCGGCCGACAGCCGCGCGCGCGUGCGCGCGCGUUCUUUUGUAACAAAGAUGUUGACCGUUAAAUGUUCCCGUUCAGCGCCUAAACCGGGACUGACAGCCUAGCUACGGAACUGUCUGAAUACACACACAUACAUAUACACAACAAACAGACGACAAACACACAGAGACACACUGAAGAUUCACGCAUUUCGUAUGUUUCGUUCGGACCAAAAAUGCCAAUUUUUCUAUGGUAUAUAGCCGUAACACGUUAAGGUAGUUGACACACUCGUCGGUCGAGGCAUCUUCCUCCUCCAUAAAUGUUACACGUAGACGGGCGAAUAUGUAAAUGUCGCGUACACGCACGUACACAUAUGUCUAUUUAUACGCGCGCUUUUAUAGGCGCGCGCGCGCGCGAGCACGCGUUUGUUGUAAAAGGAGAAACCGCGCGCCGGUUCACUGGCGGUGAUUGCGCGAAGCACUGCUUCGUCUUUCGGAUUAUUAUGAAAAAAGCGCGCAAUAACGGUGUGGCGAGGCGG